AUGAACAAAGUGCUGAAACUUCUGACGCAGACAGCUUUUACAGCUAUACCACACUUUGUCACUGGACGAGCAUACUCUGCAGAGGACCAGAAUGAUCAACUCAGUGGUUAUUUUCCAAAGACUAGAUGGAACAGUAGUGCAUCUAUCGCGGAGUUAUUUCUCAGUGGUGUGAAUUUAUCUGAUAAUUUGCCUGAGUCUCUUGGCUAUCUAACUUCGAUGCAUUCUUUGUAUCUUAAUUAUUGCAACCUUAGAGGGACUAUUCCUGAAUCUCUUUCGAAUCUCACCCACAUAGAGUUUUUGAUCCUUGAAGGAUCUCUUAGUACGUUACGAUUGGCUGCAUGUGAAGUGAAAGAAAUAGAGUUUCUAAGAUCCGCAAAGAAGCUUUCUGACUUGGAUCUUUCAAAUAAUAAGCUUCAAGGAAGAAUUCCUGAUUGGGCAUGGUCUAACUGGAUGUUUUCAUUAGGAUCUCUUAAUAUAUCCCAAAAUAUGUUGACGAGUGAGGAUUCAAUUCCUCUUCAGUCUGUAGAAACCCUUGAUUUGCGAUCCAAUUUGCUUCAAGGUUCACUACCUAUUCCGCCAAAUUCCAUACGUUACUUCUUCAUAUCUCAUAAUAAUCUUAGUGAAGAAAUCCCUUCAUCUAUUUGCAAUUUGACAUCACUGGUAAUGCUUGAUUUGGCAAGAAACAACUUGAAGGAAUCAAUUCCGCAAUGUUUGGGUAAUAUUAGCCGCCUUGAGGUUUUGGAUAUGCAUCGCAACAAUCUUUUUGGGACUCUCCCAACGAUUUUUACGAUUGAAAGUUCAUUGAGAAGCCUCAACUUGCAUGGCAAUAUACUAGAGGGGAAAAUUCCUCGGACUUUGGCCAAUUGCAAAGACUUGCAAGUUCUUGAUAUAGGAGAUAAUCAUCUCAUUGACACAUUCCCGACAUGGUUGGGAACUCUUUCAAAGCUUCAAGUUUUAAGCUUGAGAUCGAAUAAGUUGCAUGGACACAUUAGAACUUUAAGAAGUGAAAACAUGUUUCUUCAGCUACGGAUCAUCGAUCUCUCUUACAAUGCCUUUACGGGAAACUUGCCUACGAUUGCAACCAAGGGAUUGGAGCUUGAACUUGUACGAAUUUUGACUGUUUACACCACUAUUGAUCUUUCAAGUAACAACUUUGAAGGAGAUAUUCCAAGCAUCAUGGGAGAUCUUAUUGCACUUCGAGUGCUGAAUUUCUCUCAUAAUAGAUUGCAAGGAGAGAUACCUCAACAACUUGCUUCUCUUACGUUUCUUGCAUCCUUAGAUCUCUCCCACAAUCAUCUGCAAGGAUGCAUCCCUCAAGGAUCUCAAUUUGAUACAUUUGAGAACAAUUCAUAUGAAGGCAAUGAUGGUUUACGUGGAUUUCCUGUUUCAAAAGGUAGUGGUAGAAAUAGGGUAGCAAUGACAAAUUAUACUGUAUCUGGACUAGACGAUCAAGAAAGCAAUUCUGAAUUUCUGAGUGAUUUUUUGAAAGCCGCUCUUAUGGGCUAUGGAAGUGGACUAUGCAUUGAAUUAUCCAUAAUAUAUUUCAUGAUAUCAACUAGAAAUCUGAAAUGGCUUGUAAGAAUCAUUGAAAAUUUGGAACGAAAGAUAAUUAUGCGAAGGAGAAGGAAGGAGCGAAGUCUAAGGAAUUACAGAAGAAGGAAUAAACGCGUUUAG